AUGUUGAAUACAAGUGAAAGGUCUUCAGAGGUUGAGGAAGUUUCCUAUUCAGAUUACUUGAGUGAAGCAGAUGAUGAUGGGCUCCCGUAUUAUGAAAAGGCGAUUAAGGAUAUUCAGAAUGGUUAUUUAUAUCAAUGCUUAAUUUGUACAGUUGAGAUCGACAGUACAUGUCGCAUGUAUGCAUGUUCAAACUGCUAUCGUGUAUACGAUUAUGAGUGCAUUAUGGAAUGGGCUAAAAAGUCUAGCAAACGAUCGGCGGACAGUACUUGGAAAUGUCCAAACUGCUAUCAUUCAUAUAAUAAAGUUUUACCUAAGAAGCGAAGCACAUGUUGGUGCGGCAAACAAAUCAAUCCAGAGAAGAAUGCAACGUAUCCUAAUUCGUGUGGUCAGACAUGUGGGGCAUCCAUAUGUAAGCAUGGGUGUGCAAGCACUUGUCAUUUGGGGCCUCAUCCUAAAUGCAUGGUUCCUGUCGGUUUAAAAUGUAAGUGCGGGAAAAUUACAGAACAGAUUUCAUGUUACCAGACAAAGGCUGUAAAGCCAAAGCUAUCUUGUAAAUUGCCCUGUGGACUGCCUUUACCAUGUGGAGUACAUACCUGUCAGAAGAUUUGCCAUUCUGGCCCUUGUGGUCGGUGUAACACUGUUAUGAGCGGCAAAUUCAAAUGUUACUGUGGCUCCAAUCAUCUUGAUAGCAUAAUUUGUAAGGAUGUUGCUGUAACUAAGAUGAGCAGAUCUGGUAAACACAAAAAAUGGAUUGGUGUCUUUUCCUGUAAGAAUAUUCGCGAAGUUAGGUAUCGAUGUAAGGAACAUUCCUUUAAUGAAUCAUGCAAACCUUCUCCUUCUCCUGAUGCACGUAUUCAAUGUCCAUAUUCUCCGAAUAUUUGCAAAACAUGUUGUUGUGGUAAUACAACUUUAAUUGAUAUGCAGCAAAAACGAGAAAAAUGUACAGAUCCGAUUCCUACCUGUGAUCAACGUUGUGGAAAGCCGCUGUCAUGUGGGAAGCAUACCUGUCCUAUGACAUGUCAUCCGGGGAAAUGCAUGGAUCCUUGUUUGCAAAUAGAGGAAAGAAAAUGCUCCUGUCAAGAAAGAACUUUCUUGACACCCUGCCAAUUCGAUGGUAAACCAAGCUGUAAUAUAAAAUGUGAAAAUUUAAUGUCAUGCCGUCGUCACAGAUGUAUUAAGAGGUGUUGUUCCGGUAAGCCGUUGGCGUUGGCGCGCAGUAGUACUAUAACUCCUUGGCUUGACAAAAAUGAUGAAUCUUUAAUUGAAGCGGAACAUAUAUGUUUUAAGAACUGUAAUAGAAAGUUGUCAUGUGGUCUGCAUCAUUGCACUAAUAAAUGCCAUCCAGGUAAAUGUCCGCCGUGCUUGGAAUCAGAUUCUAAUGAUUUGGUAUGUCCUUGUGGUAAAUCUGUAAUUUUGGCUCCCGUUCGAUGUGGCACUGUGCGUCCUAAUUGUAAUUACCCGUGCAUAAAUACGUUACGUGGUUCUAUGCCUUGUGGCCAUCGGGCCCCUUUUCAUAAAUGUCAUCCUUCAACAGAAGACUGCCCGCCAUGUACUGCAUUUGUAUACAAACCUUGUAAAUGUGGUAAGUUAACCGCCGCUCGGACGAUUUGCUUCCAAAAUGACAUUUCUUGUGGUAGGAAAUGUGCUGCUAAAUUGACCAAUUGUCACCAUCUCUGUCAGAAGCAAUGCCACCCACCAGGAGAGUGUCCAAAUACUUGUACCGAAGUAUGCGGUCUGAAAAGAAGUGCAUGUGAGCACUUAUGUACUGCUAACUGCCAUGGUGAUGAAAUUUGUCCCGAUGUUCCAUGUCUAGAGGAGGUUGUUGUCUCUUGUGGCUGUGGAAGAAGAUCAUUGAAAGUACCAUGUGGUGCAUACAAAGACAAAGAAUCAGCUACAGCUACUCAAAGUUUACUCUGUGAUGAUGAUUGCGCAAAAGUUCAAAAACAUCAGAUGCUGCUACAGACACUCCGUUCAUCUGAAAGUACCAAUAAAGCAGAGCAUGGAAGCUCUAGUGUUAUUAAUAAGCCAACUUCAUAUGAGGAUUUAGGGUUGCCAUAUUCUGAACAGAUGAUGUGCGUUUUUUCUAAGCAAGCCACUUGGUGCAAAAAUAUCCAAGAUUCAUUGAUCAGAUUACUGGAGGACAAAAGCAGGAAAAGUUUGCAUUUUAAACCUAUGAAGGCUCCUCAGCGUCAAUUUGUUCACGAGCUUUCUAAAGCUUUUGGGUUAUACUCAGAAUCUCAGGACCGCGAACCUAAGAGAUCUGUUUUUGUUAAGAUAUUGAAAACGUCGAAGAUUCCCGCUAUUGGCCUAUCGGAAGCAUUAUUACUAUAUCAACGUAUGAAAACUUUCCAAAAGGAAAGGCGAGAUCUAGAACUACAACACAACACAACAAAAAUUCUAAUUUCUAUUCCUAUAGAUGAUGGUUCUGAUUCUAAAACACUCGAAGCAAGCUGCAAUGCAAUUUUGAUUACAGGCGUACCUCGAACUGUUACUGUGGAGAAUAUUAAGGCUUGUUUCGAUGAGUGUCUAAAACAAACGCUUUUGAAGGAUCCCCAAUUUAGGCUCAUUAACAGCAAUGCCUACAUUUACCCAUCUAACUUUCUUGAAAUUUCAGCAAACGUCGAAACAGAUAUUCAAAGAUUAGUUCCAUAUUUCAGUCAUGUUUGCGAAAGAAAGCAAAUUGGAUACAAUGUAUCUGCACACAAAUUGACCGCUGAUUUCAAUAAAACUUCGCAAGCUUUAAACAAUUCAUUCAUUUCUACUGAAGAUCCUGAUUUCUAA